CAACUGCAGCGGCAACUUCAUUUACAAAGGAGUUGCUAUUCAAGUCAAAUCCUCGUCGAAGAAAAUGCGAUUUCAAGUCAUUGUUUUUAUCUGUCUGGCAGUUUGUGCAGGUCAUGUGCUUUCUGUUACGAAGAACCCUGAAAAGCGGGUGAUGGCGCUACGGGAUGCUCUCAACCAAAUCAUCGAUGAAAACCAACAGAAACGGGAUAUUGGCUGUCCAUUCCACGCUUGUACCGCUGAAAUUAUGGGUUGUCCUUUGGCGAUCGAGAACGGAUGUGUUAUGUGCAAAUGUGCCCAGCGACAAAGCGUCGAAGCACGAGCACCAAGCACAGACAAAGGAACGUGCAUGCUGAUACCUGACGCGGGACCUUGUAAAGGUUAUCAUCAACGUUUCUACUUUGAUCGAGCGUCUAUGUCCUGCCAGAAGUUUAUUUAUGGUGGUUGCCAUGGGAACGGCAACAAUUUUGAGACUUUAGCCGGGUGUAAUGCGGCUUGUGCACCAAAAGCUGCUACUUAUGCCAGCACACAAAACAAGGGAGCGUGUAUGUUGGUACCAGAAGCAGGUCCAUGCAUGGCGCUUCACGUCCGUUAUUACUUUGAUCGGGCGAGUAUGCAGUGCCAGAAGUUUACAUACGGAGGGUGCAGUGGUAAUGAAAACAAUUUUGAGACCUACGAAGAAUGUACCGAAGCAUGCUCACCAAAAUCAAGCGUGUCAAUCAGGGCAGCACCACAGGAUAAAGGGGUGUGCAUGCUUAUCCCUGAUGGUGGGCCAUGCUUUGGCGCUCAUGUUCGCUUUUACUUCGACCGUAGCUCAAUGACAUGUCAGAAGUUUCUGUACGGAGGUUGCCAUGGUAACGGAAACAACUUUGAGACCUUGGAAGAAUGUUCCAGUCAAUGUGGAUUGAAAUCUAGAAUGGCAGAAAACGAACCGGUUCAUCCCUGCCCGUUGCACGGGUGUACUGCUUAUCGGUUAGAGUGCGGUCCUGGGGUGGGGCUUAAGACAAACGAACACGGGUGUACGCUGUGCGAGUGCGAGACGAGUAACUCGGUAGAAGAACCAGCGAUUCCGUGCCCCGCUCAUGCUUGUACUGCUGAGAACAUGGGAUGUUCUGGUGAACUUGCAAAGAACGCGAACGGAUGUGAUUUAUGCGAAUGCGCAGAGUCGGCUCCAGUAGCAUGCCCAAUGCAUUCUUGUGAAGCAGAGGCCAUGGGUUGCGAGUACGGGCUUGCUAAAGAUAAAAAUGGAUGCGACAUGUGUCAGUGUGAAGGGACUGAAGGAGACGAAAGCAAUGAAGUAAUGGUGGCUGAGCUUUCUCUAUGCCAACAACAGCGGGUUAAGGCACUUGAGAUACAGGGCCAAGUACAAGAUGGCCCGUUUGUACCGAAAUGCCUCGAAGACGGCAGUUAUAAAAAAGUUCAAUGUUACUACGACGAAUGCUGGUGCGUUGACACACAGUCUGGUAAAGAACUUGAAGGAACGCGAUCUCCAAUUUCGAAACAGAAAUCCAUGACAUGUGAAGUUAAUCCAAGCCCUUCUGGCCCCGGAAAAUCACCCGGUCCGGCUUCGAAAAGAUCUGAUGUUGAAACGGCUCGAAAAAGGGUUGAGACAGCCCUGAACCAGGCUCUUCACAAAUAAGAAUACUGGAUGAAGAUAACACAAUUAUUGCUAGCUUUUAGAAUGCAUGAGCUUACUGCCAAAUAUAUAUAUAUAUAUCACUUAUAUAAUUGAAUUAUGCUAGUGGUGAUAUUGUGCUCGUAUUAUAAAUAUGAAUUAAACGAAUAAUUUAAAACA